CAAUGGCCCCUAAGUGUCCAGGCGAAAGGAAGAGUCGCACGUCUCUCACCUUAAAUCAGAAGCUGGAAAUGAUCAAGCUGAGCGAGGAGGGCCUGUCGAAGGCCGAGAUCGGCCGGAAGCUGGGGCUCCUGCGCCAAACGGUGAGCCAGGUGGUGAAUGCCAAGGAGAAGUUCCUGAAGGAGCGGGAGAGCGCCACGCCGCUGAACACGCGCAUGAUCCGGAAGCGCAACAGCCUGAUCGCCGACAUGGAGAAGGUCCUCGUGGUCUGGAUGGAGGACCAGGCCAGCCACAACAUCCCCUUGAGCCAGAGCCUGAUCCAGAGCAAGGCCCUCACGCUCUUCAACUCCAUGAAGGCCGCCAGGGGAGCCGGGGCCGCGGAAGAGAAGUUCGAAGCCAGCAGAGGCUGGUUCAAGAGGUUCAAGGAGAGAAGCCGGUUCCCGAACCUACACGCCCAAGGUGGGGCCGCCGGCGUCUUAGCGGCCGACGAGGCGCUGCUUCUCGUGGAUGAGCAGAGGAAGUGGCUCCUUGAGAUGGAGCCUACUCCCGGGGAAGACGCGGUGAAGAUUGUGGAAAUGACAACGAAGGAUUUAGAGUAUUACAUCAACUUAGUGGACAAGGCCGCGGCAGGAUUUGAGAGGAUUGACUCCAAUUUUGAAAGAAGUUCUGCUGCGGGCAGAAUGCUGUCCAACAGCAUCGCGUGCUACAGGGAAAUCCUUCGCGAAAGGAAGAGGCAGUCCCAGCAGCAGACCUCCCUGCUCACGCAUUUUGAGAAAUGGCUCCGACCGCCCCAGACUCUAGCAGCCACCGCCCUGCGCAGUCAGCAGCCAUCAACUUCCAAGCAGGACCCUCCACCAGCAAAAAGGUUACGACUCGCUGCAGGGUCAGAUGACGAUCUGAAGAGAUUUCCUGAGUGGAGUGGAGUUUUUCAAAACCAUCUUUGUACCGUGUAGCAUUUGUUAAAAAACAUGUUUGGGAGAGUGACUCUUCCACAAGCGCUUUUUGCUGGCAUCCUUGGAAUUGCUGGAGGGAUAUAUAUUUUUCAACCAGUAUUUGAACAGUAUUCCAGAGAUCAGAAGGAAUUAAAAGAAAAGUUGAAAUUG